UACCUUCUGCUUCUUCUUAUUCUUCUUCUCUCGAGAUGAAGUGAACGCUCUAAAACGUUCAUGCAAUCAGUCAGAAAAGCAACGUGCAUACCUGUGGACGUUUUUCCUGUACAGGUCUGAACUGUUUUUCUCGCCUUCAUAAAAAUUAAACGGCCAGUUUCUUCAUAAUUUCGUGGUGUGUGCGCGUCUCAGACAAUAUUUUACCGCUAUGCGGAAUCCGAAAUCAUCGCUGUUCGUUACCCCCAUCGCCGUGUUCUCGUCGUUAUUGUAAUUCUCAUUUGGAAUUAUUGGUAAUAUCAAUUCUACCGAAUACAGCAGUUUACUGUGAUUCUAACGGUCCGGUUCUUUUUUAGCCGUUCAACUCUUGCCAGCUGACAAUUAAGUUCACGUCCUCUUUUACUACGCGUUAUUAUUGCCCCAAACUAUACGGUGCGCGUGAUUCGCUCGUCGGUUCAUCUGACAGCUAUAGUUAACUCGACAGAAAAAUUUGCAUUUUGGAAUCGACAAGAAAGUGUUACUAUUGAAAUAUGACGACUCAGAGUCAAAGAAAUCGCGAUGCCGACGUCUUUUUCGUCUCGCAGAAUGCGGUCAUCGAAGCUCCGAGCCCUUCUCUUCCGCCGCAUUGUUGCCCGCCAUUGAAGAUGUCGUCGAUCCAUCAAUUCAAUAAACAGCAACAGCCGCGCAAUGACCCAACAACAUCAGAAUCCGUCGCGAAGAGUCACCACCACCAGCAUAAACAGCAACACUUAGUAGCAACGUCCACCACCAGUGUCUUGUCGUCUCGCCCGCCAUCCGGUGCCACUUCGUCGUCGGUGCUGCUCGACAGUCGUAUUAAUAAAGAAGAGACGGCCGCUAAGCAAGCGAGAGCUCCGCAGCAUCCACGUUCGAGCGCGCCGGUGACAAAGCCCGCACGCAAAUUGGAUAAGAGCCAGAAUCAACUGGAAGAAUCCAGCAGCGAUAGUUCGCACUACGCCGUCAGUGCCGGGGCUGCCAUCAACAACAAGUUCCAGUUGGUGUACGACGUGAUCCAGCUGGAUCGCGGCAAAAUAACUGACAAUCAGCAGCGUCUUUCGACUUCGACGACCGUGGGAGCUUCGGCCAUCAACAGCAACGUCAUUCUGGCCGCCGCUCCGUGCGACAAACACCCGCCCGAAUAUUUCGCCCAGUUGCUGCAAGACAAGCAGAACCAGAAAGCUAAACUGAACCAGCUCUGGCCCAAACACUGGGGAUCGUAUAACGAUCAACCUGAACGGGACUCUUUGGACGGCAACCUUCCCAGCAGCUCGUUCGAUCCGUCGAAAUCCAAGCGCAAUUUAAAAGAGAAGGAAGCUGCAGCGGCUGGCCUGUCUACCAGCCUUGAUCCGCCCGCUUUCGACCUUCCUGUAUCAUCAGCACGCAGCAUGGCCGGCAACAAAUCGAUUGCGCCGUCGACCAAAUCCGUCAUGAAGAGCGCCAACUGGAGCGGCGAACGUGAACCUUUUACUCAUCUGUGGGUAUCACUCAGCUCCAUGUACGGGAAAUUAAUGGUGGUCCUCAUGCUGGCCUUUUGCUUCACCGAAGUUAUGGAUAACUCCAUUGCUCCACUGACUUUCCAGGGAGUUUUCAUGAUCUACCUGUAUGUGGGCAGCAUCGUGGCAAUCAUGUGCAUCUACAUUUCACUGUUGAUCGACCAGUGCCCAUCGCUUACCAAGUCGCGCGAGAAUUUGACGAGCGGCGACGCCGAGACAGGAUCGAUCGGCUCAUUUGACACGCUCAAACGAGCCCACAUUUCGCGAGCCCAAACACCUCGAACGUCUUUCUACUUGCGUGUCGGAGCCCUUGUAUUUGGAUUGGCCACUUUGAUCUUUAAUGGUCUUGAAAUCGCCAUGCAUUCUACUAUGGAGGGAAAGUGCGUGGCAGAAAUCGUGUUCGCUCAUCCAAUCCUGCAGGCUUUAUUUACUUUCCUUCAAAUGCAUUUUCUCUUCGUCAAUUCUGAGGUUCUGGUGGAGAAAUUUGGUUUGUUGGCCCGCUUUGGUUUCAUGCACCUGAUCGCUACCAACGUUUCCUUGUGGAUUCGCACUGUCGUCUGGGAGUCGGCCAACGAAUGGCUUCACUAUCUGCAUCACCAGCAACUCCACAAGGGAGCGGCGGGCGGCAUUGCUGGCGGACCAGUAGCACAACGCCAGUACGGUGGACGCAAUGGUGGCGGUUACAUGCCUAGUGCCGAUUACUCCUAUUUCGACGAUGAAGCCGAUUUUCCUGCCUCCAACAACAUUGAUUACAUCACCGCCUCGAUCGGAAACCCAUCGUCGCUGGCUUCAAACUGCAACUCCAGCUUCGAAUUCAUCACACAAACGCACAUCCAAAACAUGGUCGGGCUCUACGAGUGCUUCAACAACAACACCUUGGGCAAGAUGUGGGCUACAUCGAUGCCUUACCUGUUCCCCUUUCUGGUUGAAUACAAACUUAAAUUGGAACUUCAUUUCAGCCUGAUCGCUGCCGCUGUCGCCUACAUCAUGUGGCGCUCAGUGGGUCAACUCAAGAAGAACGGCGUCUUCCAAAGUCGGCUACACAAGCAGCUCACCUCCGUGCCAGACGAUAUUAACAACACGCUAGACCCACACCGCCCCAAAGGCCACUGGCGUGUCGAUUGCCAAGGAGCCAGCAAAGGUCUUUUCCUCGGUUUGCUCUCCCUCGUCGCUGGAAUCAUCGUCCUCAUCAUCUUCUUUGUCAUGAAAGACAAUGUUGAAUUCCGACCGGAUCUGUUUUGGUUGUGCACUGGAACUCAAGUGACUGUCUUAGCUUUGGCCACCAUCUUCAACGCCAUUGGUUUCAUUCAGCUGCCAAAGUUAUCACUAUCACUGCACAAGCCGCUUCAUUUGGACGUUUUAUUGGCUAACAUCACUACCUACGGAGUCUUCAUCUAUGCCAUCUUUGGUCUGAUUGUGGGCGGUACGAAUUUGUACGACCAAAAGCAUGUCAUGAUCUUCGUCAGUAACGGACUGUUGCUCAUCCAAGCCACGAUGCAGGGCAUGUUUAUCGCCGAGGCCAGCAAGCGUGUGUGCACCUCACGAUAUCAAAUGCUGUUCAAACCCGGCAGGCAGAUUGUUACUUUCCUUCUUUUCGCCAACAUCACGCUUUGGCUGCUCGACACGUUCAUGACACACAACUGGAUGACACAGGAAUUACAUUUCUCAUUCUAUGGGUUCUUGGCGUGGGGAAUCAUCUCCCGUUUGGCCCUGCCUCUCCUCGUCUUCUAUCGAUUCCACAGCGCAGUUGUUCUCAUCGAAAUUUGGAAAAACACUUACAGGACCAAAGAUGUCUAAAUCGCAACAACAGCGCUUUCCUUCUAGCGCAACAGUUCAUCAACCAUUACUUUCUCGUUUGCUCGUUCUCUUACCUCACCAUAAUAUCACAUUGAUCGGCACAUUCCCUUUCGAAUUAUUUAUUAUCUCUUUUCAAUAUUUAAUCGUUAAUUCGUCUUAAUUUCAUUCAUCUGGCCAUACUGAAAAUGAUUCCAUUCUCCAUUUGACUGCUGAUUGUCCUUCUCGUCCCAAUUUUUUGUUUCAUUCAUCACCAGGUAUUGUCUUUUAUACUAUCCUGCACUUUGCGAUCGAUAGAAAAAAGCCUAUCACUUGUCAAAGGGGACAGACAAUCGAACAAAAUAGGCUGUAGUAGCCUAAGCCUAUCUCACGAAGGUUGUAACAAUUUUAAUACAACAAAAUAUUACACAAAAAGGUAAUAUAGAGAAGCAACCUAAUGAAUUCAAAUUACCUACGCAUAAUGAUAACAGGCUUAAGCCUCAGAAAAUUUUGGGAAAUGCUUUUGCGUUUGUGUUAACUAAGCUUGAUUAAUGUGUAGCUGGGCAAAAUUUUACAUAUCACGUCAUUUGUAAUCGACAUAAGACUGGCCGCUGAAGUGUAUAAAUGUUGUUUUGAAAAGUCAGCAGAACUUUGCGUGCUUUUUUAGGCAAUUGUUCCCGUUAUUGGUUGGGCAAAUGAAUCGGAUGCGUAAAAUUUAAAUAAUAACUCUAAAAAUCACAGAUAAACUCGACGCUAUCUAUACUUUCUAGUACUAGAAUAUAGGUCCGUUCUGAUAUUAGACCUAUCUAGUGCCUACUGUGUCUCUAUUUAUUUUGAAAUUCAUAAUUAAUUGUGGUUAUUUCCAGUCAAUUACGAGGAAUUUGUACAAUCUCUAUCUUCAAUAUUAUGGGCCUUUACCGAAAAACACUAACCAAGGGAAGUUAGUGUGUAGUUUAUUAAAAGAGGUGCUGCUGGGCUAAGAACUGGGCACACUAUUUAGUUCAUGUCAAUUAUACUAAAAGACAACAUUUAUGAUUAAAUUCAUCAUGUUUUACCAUUGCGCUCUGUAGUGACAAGCUUACUUUAGAAACUGUUGAGCGAUUGUCGGAUUGUUGUAUGGUGAAAACAUGAAAUUGGCCUGAUUGUGUGUCCUUUAUAUAUCUUAUUUGUUAUGGAGCCCUGUACGGUGUACGCCUACGUAUUUAGCCCCCUUUAUAAAUAUCAAAUACAAGUUUCUGCGUUA